GUGCGUAGUUUAUGUGCGCAUGUGGAUGUUUUUAAGCUGAACACACGUGUUUCACCGGCUACGACUAGCUAGCUGUACCUGCCUGGGAUUGUGUGCUGCUGCUGCUGCUACUCAAAAUAUGGCGAAGACAGACGCUACACGGCGUAGAUCAAGACGAAGCAAAAUUGUCACCACUGAAGUUGUAGAAGAUGGGGACAACGUUGACACAGAAGGACAGAUUGUUUUGUCAGGUGAACAAAUAGUCAGAACAGAGGAGAUGGCUCCUGCUGAGAGCACAGACAUGAAAAAGGAUCAAGAUGAACAAGAUUCUCAGAUGCCCGCUGUCAUCGAAGUAAAAGGAAGCACGUCCACUGUGACUGUAUCCUGGGACAAGAAGAAUAAGGAAGGAGAAGUUGUUGAUGCGGAAAAAAUAGCCAACGCAAGUGAUCAGAUGAUGGUUGGUGAAGAACAGAUCAUCUCCUCAACUGAUGCAGUCGGUUCCUCAGAGGAUGCUCCCAGUGAGAGAACAGAGACAAAACAAGUGAUGCAGGAAUCUGGAGAUAAAGAAGAAACUCAGAUGGACACCGUCGCUGAAGAAAGUGAGAGUACGCCCACAGUAACGGUAACCUGGGAGAAGGAUCAGGAGCGCAGUGAUAUUAAAAAGAAAACCAGUGGAGUAAAUGGGAAACGGAAGGCACUGUCUACUGUUGAGACCUCCCCGUCAAAGAAAACUAAGCUCAUCAAUGAUGGUUUCUGUCUUUUUGUCGGCAACCUGAACAACUCUAAAACAUUUGAAGAAGUCAAAAACUCAUUGGCAAAUUACUUGAUGACACAAAGUAUCCUGGUUCAAGACAUCAGAUUGGACCGGUCCAAAACACAUGCACAUGUAGAUUUGGCCUCAGAGAUGGACUUGACGAAAGCCUUGACGUUAAAUGGAGAGAUGCUGCUUGAUAAGCCAAUGAAGAUCGCCAAAGCAAAGAUCAAAAGUAAGGAUAAGGUGAACGCUCCAGCAGAGGAUAAAAAAGCCAAAGAUGACAGAUGUUUGUUUCUGAAGAACGUCCCGUACAGUGCAACAAAAAAAGAAAUUCUGAAAAUCUUCCACAAGGCUGUGGCUGUCAGGUUUCCUGGUGGAACUGAAGGCCCAAACAAAGGUAUCGCCUUUGUGGAGUUCAAAAAUAAAACCAUUGCUAAGAAAAUACUGGAGAAAAAACGAGUAGCCAAGAUCCAAGGCCGGGUUUUGAUUGUGGACUGUGUAGGAGAAACAAAAGUGCCUAAAGUCGCCAAAGCUAAGGACGUCGACAACAGCGAAACAAAAGCUGCCGCUUUACCAAGUGACACCUUGUUUGUGAGCAAUUUGUCUUGCAUUGUGAAAGAAAAAGACCUCAAGAAAGCCUUUCAGAAAGCUGUUAGUAUAAACAUACCUCAAAGCGUACCUCAAAGCAAAGGCAAACUAAGACCAAGAGGAUUUGCGUUUGUCGAGUUUGCAACUGUGGCAGAUGCUGAAAAGGCAUUUGAGUCGUCCCAAAACAUUAAGAUCUGCAAAAGGGAGGUCAAAGUACAAUUCUGCAAAAUGCAAGCAAAGGCAAAAGUCCUAUCAAAGACACUGAUCGUGAUGGGCCUCGCUGAGAAGACGACCGCAGAGACUCUUAAAAGUGCUUUUGAAGGGGCUGUCAGUGCAAGAGUCAUUGUAAAUAAAAAGACAGGAGUUUCAAAAAGGUUUGGUUUUGUGGACUUUGAGAGGGAAGACAACUGCAAAGCUGCCAAAGAAGCCAUGGAGGACUGCGAGAUCGACGGCAGCGAAGUGACUGUUGCUUAUGCAAAACCCAAGGGUGAAAAGGGCCCCCCGGGCGCCAAAGGAGGGUUAGCGGGACGUCCCGCUGGUAAGCCUGCAGGUCAGGGGGCUGGUGGAAGAGGAGGUAAAGGACGUGGAGCUGGCACGCUGCAGGAGGCUGUAAAAGACGUGGAAAAUAAAGCCUAACUUGCCCAUACAGAAAGGUCUCUUUUUUUUGUUUUGGUAACCUGAAAGCAUGAAUGAGCUCAAGAUUCUUGUAUUUGGUUGAAUGUACAGACCGUGCAAGGGUGUGAAAAUGUGUACCCUUGUUAGUCCUAUAUGAUUUGUAAUUUUAUCAUAUUUUGUACUUAACACCCUUAAUUUACUAUGCUAAAAGAAUGCGGACUUGUUUUCGCAAUAUGUAGUUGUUGCAAAAUAUUUCAUCAGUGUGUAAAUUGCUAAUGUGAAGAUAAAUGUAUUUUAAAACCAAA